UGGCAUUCUCUAAGUGUGCUACUUGCCUUGAGGGAAACAGUAGCACAGGCCUGUUUCUAGCCCCACAUACACAGGAGUUACUCAAGAUUGGGCAGGCUAGCCAGGCUCAAAACUUUGUCAUGUUUAUCAGGGGGCAAAUUCUGUAUCUGCUGGCUAUCACUCAGGCAAGAUGUAGCUUAAUUACCCUGGGAUGGCCCUGAAGUCAGUCCUGCCUGCUCUGCCUUCUCAGCCUAUUCUUUGUUUUCAAUUGUGACCUCACAUUGUUCCAUAUGAGCCCCUUCCCGGAUCCUUUCUUUCCCUUCUGGACUCUCCCCUGUAAUAGAGCUAGGGAUAUUGUGCUGACAGCAGAGAUGGGUCCUGGAAAUUGAGUACAACACUUAUUGACCAGGGAUGGAUGCCAGUCUAAUUGAGUGGUCCCAGUUUUUCAUGGCCAAACUGACUCAGUAUCCUCUAUCCUGUGGGGGCCACUAGAUCAGGAACAGGAGCAAGGGAAACCAAAGACUGGAAAUUAAGCAGAACAGAAGAGCAGAAUGCCUUGGAAGUGGGAGGCAGGAGAGUUUGAUGAUGCUAUCUUUCUUUCUGCGGAGGACAGGAGACAAGACCUGAUCCUUACACGAAGCUUGCCAAACUAGGUCUGAGUGAUGAGGUGGCCUUGCCUCACCCCACCCCCAGCUGCCUUCCUCACAAUGGGGCUCAUUGCUGAGGUGUCAGAGGGCAUCCUAGGGAGGGUGAGGCAGGGGCCUGCUUGCCAGACACCUGCAGGGCUCCGGGCCCCUUCAAGCAUGAACCUUACCAUCUGGGCUCCGGCACUCCCACUGUGCUCUUAGCUCUGUGUGAGGCCUAGGGCCCUGGAGGACUUCUUGGAGUUCCUCCAGCAACCAUCAUGCAGGGUGGUGCUGGGGACCGCUCUCUUGCUCGGAAGUGGAGGCCUCAUGCUGUGGGCUCACCGGAAGAAAAGGAAGGCAGCCACUGAGACUACAGAAGGCAAGCCUCCGGAAUCCCACAGAGCAAAUGACAGCUGGAUCAAAUCUCACUUCAGCCGCCUAUCUGAGGAGAGGUUGCCCACCUGCCGCUAUGUCAGCAACAAUGGCCACUCACCUGAAAGCAGGCAUGGGGAAGUCAAUACCACCCUCCACGUGGAUACCCUCACCACCAAACACGGAGAAAGGGGCGCGGCUCUGCACCGAGAUUCCUUUGCCAGCAAACAGAAGAUAUCUGGAAGCUCAAUGACCAAAGAGAUGCAGAGGGAGUCAGGGAAGUCCCCGUCCAUGGAGGAUGAAACCUGGGCUGCUGUGGCAGCGUGUACGAAGGAGAUUGAUGCCAAGGGGCAUCGGGUGGCUAACUCCAUGCUGCAGCGAUCCACAACUCACCAUCGUAAAGGCCAUGCUGAAUCCAGGAACAUCAGCCCAGAAGAGCUGAAGGCUCUGGAGGAGGUGGAGAUAAAACUGAAAGGGAAUUUCCUAACUCACCAUGAAACUGGAGUAGCUGGGGCCAACCAAUCGCACACAGUCUAUAGCCAGAGUCGCCAUAGUAACCAAAGCCACCAUUCCUAUCCAAGCCACCAGAGCAACCAGAGUCAUCCCGUUUACUCCAGCCACCAGGGUCAUCCAAGUCACUUGAGCCACCAGAGUUAUCCAAGUUACUCAAGUCACCAGAGUCAUCCGGGCCACUCCAACCACCAGGGUCAUUCAGGCCUCUCAAGCCACCAGACUCAUCUGGGCCACUCCAACCACCAGGGUCAUCCAGGUCACUCGAGUCACCAGAGUCACCAGGGUCAGCCAGGUCACCCAAGCCACCAGAGCCAUAAUCUGCCCAACCACAGAAACCAAAUCUAUGGCUCUUAAACCAUGUGUCCCUGCCCCUGCAGGGCUGGCUCUCAUACAUAGGCCUGUUUUCUCUUCCAUGGGGAAACCUACGCGGUCAGGGUAAGAGACUGCCAAACAAAUUCCUGCUGCUUCUGGCCCCAGCAGAGGUCUUGAGGGAAGGAGGAAAGGACGCAGCUUCAACAGCCCAAAGGCCCUGAUGACCCACGAGAGAAGACAUGAGGCAGAUUACAGGAGCAACCACAAGCCCCACACUGACUCCACAUGCCUGAAUGGAGCCAAUAAAGCCCUGCACACCCUCACUCCGUGUCCAGGGGCUCUGUAGUCAACUGACAUCUGGGCAGGGUUGGAAGAGAGGGUAUGUCCCCAGCAGUGCUGCAAGUGGACCUUGUCUGGGGCCCUUUCCAUUGCAUUAGACUUAGAAUCAGAACAGUCUCCCCUGGUCUGGGUUAGGGUACUGCCAGAGACCUCAAUCCAAUCUGCCUACUGUUGCCAAGAAGUAGGAUAUAGCCAGAUGCUUGAGAAGAGGGACCAGGGACAGGCUUUCAGACAGGUGGGACUUUAGGCCCCAUCCUCUUGGUGCCAUCUCAAGUUUCCAGGGUCCACAGGGAUCCAUGUGUCCACAGCUGGAAAGCUGUAUAAGACAUAGCUGGGUCAUGUCACCGUUGCUUGACUUGUGAUUGUGGCUACUAUAGAUGCUGCCAAUAUUAAGACUACUUAUGGCUACCACUCACGAUUUUGUUUUUGAAACUGUGUGGCUCAGUCUGUCUUGGAACUCAUUGUGUAAACCAGGCCGGUCUUGAAUUCACAAAGAUACGCCUGACUCUGCCUCCUGAGUGCCCUGCUGUGCUUCCUUUAAGUGGAUGCUUUGUGUUAAGCCACAAAUUCUCUGUCAUAAAUAAGGUCCCUGAGGUUCAGAGAUAGAACUCCUCCUGGAUGACUUAGUGAGAUUUUUAGAUCCAGCUUGCCCCACAGUCCCACAGUCUCCUGACCUCUGCUCAGAGCUUGUCUCCCUGUUCUCUUCUGUUCUGCCUCUCAGCCUAUCUGUGACAUCCCCCCACACCCUGCCUCCUCUACCCGCCCACAAGCCUGGCAUUCUUCCCGUGUCUGCCUCCUGGGCCUCAAGGAGUAAGAAGUGACCCUCUACUCCCAAAUCAUGCAGCCACUUCUGCGAUUCUUUGGACAGGUCCCCGAGUCACUGCUGACCUCCAAGUAAAUCUUUGGCAUAGAUUUGAAUCUGUUACACAUUUGCCAGGGAGGUUACCAGUCGGUGGGCCUUAGGCCUCUGGGGCGAAGCACUGAGAAUAGCCAAGUUCAUAAACACCUUAAAUGUGGUCAGUUGCUUUUUAUGGAGUUUUAUGGGAAGUAGUUUUAUUUUGUGGACAUCCCUAGUGUAAAUCUAUGCAUUACAUUCAUUUUAAAUGUUUAAACUUUUCUGUGGGCAUAUGAUGCAUCUGUGUAGAGAUCAGAGGGCAGCUUUAUGGAGUCAUUUCUUUCCACCUUUGCGUGGGCUCCAGGGGUUAACCCAGGCCAGCAGCUUUUAUCAAGGUGGACAGAGCUUUUUAACCACUGAACCACUGCCCCAAAUGUACAUGGAUUUUUAUUUACAUUAUUUUCGUCAGAAUAAACAUAAACUUAGGAAAACGGAGAAAGAAUUCCUCCAAGUGAGAGGGGUUCUGUGAAAGGAAUGCCUUAUAGUUGCAUAUUUUAAAUGUUUCAUAAAGGUUUGACCAUGGGGAGGUAGAGAAGGUGGAUCUCUGGGGCUUCCUGGCCCGCUGCCAUAACUUAGUGUGCUCCGCGCUAGGGAAAGACUGUCUCAGAAAACGGGAUGGACAGAAGCAACAAUUGAGAUUGUCCUCGGGCCACCACAUGGACACACACACACACACAUAUGUACACACGUACACAUGUGGACACACGUGGACCAGUACAUACACAGCCACCCACAGAUACAAAUACACUUUAUUUGGCAAAAAGGGGGGGGGGCUCAAUCAGUGGAAAGUAUUGUAGGCUGCAAACUUGUAUAAAAAGCAAGAGUGGUGAAAUUUGGCAUCUGAAAUAGACAAAACAUACAAGCACAGGACUGGAGAUAUAGUUCUAUGAUGGAUAAAGCCCCUGGUUUUUGUGUUCAAGGUCUUGGAUUUGUUCCUCUGCUCAGAAAAAAAAAAAAAAAAAAA